AUGACAACUGGCAAUGCUUCAUCAUUUCUUUCUGCUACUUUCUGUGAAGAACUCUUGAAGGAGGGAAUCUCUCACAGCUUUCGUUAUCUGCGUCUUUUACUUUGUAAGACUGGAUUCACCUGGAGACAAUGUGACGACCAACAGACUUUUCUUUUAGAACACUUAGACGUCAAGCCUUACCCAGUGAAGAUUCCCGGUGAUAUGGUAUUUUCGCUAAACAUGACGCUGCUUCGGGAACUAAAUGGUUCUGAUAUCUUCAUUUCAAUCUACUGGAAAACUUUCAUGGGGAAUAUCAGGAUUCCUUGCCUUUUCAAUCUGGGUUCAUGCACCUACAGGAAUGCGUGUACCCUCAUGGAUCGAAUCAUCAAAGAGAAUUGGGGUGGUUUCACGUCAUCUUUUGCUUCACAGAUAAAAAAUAUCUUAAUAAACAAUGGCGUCAGUUUGUUGUGUCCGGUACAGCCACAAGAUAUCCGGUUGCAGAACGAACGAUUGCGCAUGCCCACCAUUCCAUCAUUCCUGAGCUAUUUCACCGGCGUGAGUAAUCUUUCUUUCUUUCUUUCUUUCUUUCUUUCUUUCUUUCUUUCUUUCUUUCUUUCUUUCUUUCUUUCUUUCUUUCUUUGUACACUCUUCUUUCUUUCUUUCUUUCUUUCUUUCUUUCUUUCUUUCUUUCUUUCUUUCUUUCUUUGUAAAAUAUUUCUCUCUUUCUUUCUUUGUAAAAUCUUUCUUUUUUCUUGUACAUUCUUUCUUUCUUUCUUUCGUUGUAAAAUUUUUCUUUCUUUCUUUUUUCUUUUUCUCUCUUUUUUGUACUUUUCUUCUUUCUUUCUGUGUGAAAUCUUUCUUUCUUUCUUUUUUCUUGUACAUUCUUUCUUUUUUCUUUCUUUCUAUCGUUGUAAAAUUUUCCUUUCUUUCUUUUUCUUUCUUUUUUGUACACUCUUCUUUCUUUCUUUGUAA